GAAAAAGUCGUAGUCCUACCGAAAACGAGAAAAGAAGCCCAAGAGACUCUACGUGGGCACGCUCAUUCAUAUACCCACUGAAUCAAUCACCCACUCACGACUCUUUCUUGGCGUACUAGAUCGGAAGAUAUAGAUACUAUAAAGAAUUGGAUGACUGCAAAACACGAGU